AUGGAAAGUCAGUCUUUUGAAGAAGUCAAGACAAAGUGGGACGUCAUUUUUAAAGAUCCGUUACUUUCACUGACAUCCUUGCGAGAAAAAGGUGUUAAAGGAAAUAUUUGUUCGCAAGGGUUAAGAUCCGUUUUCUGGAAGUUAUACUUGGCAUACUUGCCAAGUUUAGAUACUGCAACAUGGCCUCUUACUCUUCAUAAGGAACGACAGCAUUACGCGAAUCUUCGACAAAAAUAUAUUAUUAAUCCUGCUUCCGAAAGUGAAAAUGAUGGUGCAAGCGAUUUAAGUGUGAAUAACCCAUUAUCAUUAGACCAAGCCAAUCCUUGGCAAGAAUAUUUUAAAGAUACAGAAUUAAGGAAAAUUAUUCGGCAAGAUGUUGAAAGAACGUUUCCAGAUAAUCCAUAUUUUCGCACUUCUUUAAGUCAAAGUCGAUUGCUCGAUAUUCUCUUCAUUUAUUGUAAAAUGAAUCAAGAUGUUUCCUAUCGUCAAGGAAUGCACGAACUUUUGGCCCCCAUUUUAUGGACUGUUGAUAAAGAGAGCAUUCCUAGUUCCAAUGGUUAUGCAGUGGAAAAUGGUGAAGAGACGAUUAUUAAGCAAACUUUAAAUGCAGAUUACGUUGAACAUGACACCUUUGCUUUAUUUUCUGCAUUGAUGAAAGCGGCAAAAGUAUAUUAUGAAUAUAAUGAUGAAGUUUUCAAUAGAAGACCUAUAAAGCGUGCCCAAGGAACUGAUCUUGAAUAUGAAAGAAAAAUUAAAGAUGCCCAAGCUGAGGCUGCAAAAUCAACUCCUGUGGUUAUGAAAUGUAGUAAAAUUUAUGAUGAAUAUCUUAGAACAAUUGAUCCAGAGUUAUACAAUCAUUUAAAAGAUUUAGAUAUUGAGCCACAACUUUAUGGAAUACGCUGGAUAAGACUGCUUUUCGGUCGUGAAUUCCCCUUGAAUCAAGUAUUAAUCUUAUGGGAUGGAAUGUUUGCGGAAGAUCCAACUCUGAGAAUAGUUGAUUUUGUAUGCGUCGCAAUGAUGUUACUUAUUCGUGAUGAAUUGCUAAUGUCUGACUAUGCUGGAUGUUUAAGUAUGCUAAUGCGCUACCCUCCAACAUCGGACGUAGAGGUGUUAGUUCCUCAAGCAAUAUUUCUUCGUGAUCAUUUGACACCUGAGGGCGGUGCUUCGAUCAUUCAAGAAAACGCACUUAGAAUCGGUAAAUUACUUUCCGUACCAACUCAUCCACUUAAAGAACCACAUAAAAUUGAAGGUUUAGUACAAGAAGGAUUCGUUCAUGUAACGAAAAAUGUAUUAGAAAGUCGUGGUGCGGUAGCAAUUAAUAAAGCAAUUCUAACUGCGGUUGGAGAAGUAAAGGUUAGUGAUAGGAAUGUGCUCCGUAGACCAGAUGGUCAAAUUCGUACAGAAUAUGACAAACGAACCCGUCCAGGUUCUGCUGAAUAUUCACAGAAAUAUGCACAAUCAAAUCACUCAUAUCAACAACAAAUAUCGAAUCAUGUUGAUCCAUUACGCUCGGAGACAACAUCUGAAGAAAUCACAAAAUUAAAAGAACAGAAUCGACAGAUUGCAUUGGUGGUUCAAAAAAGUAUAGAAAUUCUUGAACAAGAAAUUUUGGGUAGGGCAAAAUUGAGGGAAAUCACAAGUGCGGCAGAUGCGGAAAAAAUUGAGAAAAGUUCUGAUGGUUCCGAAUCUCGAUCAUCAUUUGAGUAUAUUUCGGGUAAUAAUAAUGAAGACUCGUCGACUCUAUCUCCAAACGAAAUUUCUGUUCUUCACGUAUUACAUGGUCUCAAGCAUAUAAGAGAUGUAUUGAAUGGUUUUGUAAAAGAAUUUAAUCCACAUAUUAUGGAAAUUUCAUCUCACAAUGGAGAAGAUCAUGAUCAUUGGGAAGUAGUAGACGAUGGCGUUAGUGUGGUUAGUGUGGCUGGAACGGAGGAUGAAACUGCAUCCGUUACUAAAGAGAUUCAAACAAAACAAGACAAAAUUACAACACCCUCAAGUUCUUCUUCUACUAAUGUCAAUGCCACAAAAACAACAGUUUCAGAAACAAUUUCAACGAAACCCGUUCAAACUAUAUCAAUCACAUCUUUACAAUCGUCACCGCCAACAUCCACGAAAGCAACUUCUUCACAAGAAGUCUUUCCUUCCAAAUUUGAUUCUCCUUCACAAGUUUAUCCUUCACAAAAUGUGACACUUCAACAACGUUCCAACAUCACUAAACGUGCUAGCACAAACACUUCAUUAUCACGAAGUCCUUCAUAUGAAAAGUUUAAAGCUAGUGCAGCAUCACCUAAAACUCAAAGACCGAUUUCCAUUUCAAUCCAGAAAUCCAAACUUAGGUUCGAAGAUAUAUUGAAUGAUAUGGAAAAUAGUGGAACAGGAUCACCGAAAUCCUCUAUUGCAUCGAAUUCUAAAUAUAGUUGGAUGAUUGAAGGCUACACAGAUGAAGAUGAUAAUUCUUUGUUUAAUCCAAAGAGGGCAAGUAUUGGUAGUAUUAAUAGUUUAUCUGGAUUAUCAUCAGAUUUUUCAAAAGACACAGACGAUGAUGUUUUCAAAUCUAUUUCUACACCUAACCAAAGAAAGACAAGGAAUUCAUCGAUUGUAUCUUCACUUUAUUCCGAAAGGAUUGAUCCGUUAGGAGCAUCUCCUUUCGCACAAAAAAACAUGAGUCGAGAAAGAAGUGAAAGUAUUGGAUCAGCUUCAUCAAGCAAUGAAAAAAGAUCGAGUAGUCAUAUCUUUACAACCAAUACACCUGUUUUGCCAGUUGAUGACCCUUUGGGGGUUUUGUAA